AUGUUGCCUCGCAGUCUUUGGCUCGCGGCCCUACUGGCCCUGGGCUCCAGCGCCCAAUCUUCAGACAGCACUGCCGCCACCUCGGACGUAUCCUCAGCAUCUUCGGCCUCGAGAUCUGGCAGCGCAAGCGGCAGUAGCUCCGGCAGCCCCGCUGUCGUUACCCUGACCGGUAGUCAGACUUCGUCUGCAGUCUUUACUGGUGGCAUUUCGCACCUAAACUCGACUCGCACCUCGACCGCCGCGGGUACUGGCACCAGCAGCAGUGCUCAACCUACAAACACCACACCCUGCAACAACUACCCUGAGUUCUGCAACCGCAAGUACGGCAACAUCACAGAGGUCGUCGCUCACAACGCCGCUUUCAACAUCAAGGGCAACCUUGCAUCCAACCAGGAUCGCAGUAUCACUGUCCAGCUCAACGACGGUAUCCGCAUGAUUCAGGGCGAGACGCACUACGUCAACGGAUCCAUUUUUAGUUGUCACACCUCUUGCGACCUUCUGGACGCUGGCACUUACCUCAAGGAGCUUAACGAAGUCGGCGAUUGGGUCCGCGACCACCCCUACGAUGUCGUGACCCUCCUCAUUGUCAACAGCGACUUCAUCGAGCCUGGAAACUACAGUCAGGUCCUCCAGCAGUCUAACUUGGCCGACUACCUGUAUGAGCCUCCUUACAUCCCUAUGCGCCUCGACCAGUGGCCUACUCUCUCCGAGAUGAUUUUGUCUCAGAAGCGUGUAGUUGUCUUCAUGGACUACAACGCUGACCAGGUGAAAUAUCCCUACAUCCUCGACGAAUUCACCCAUAUGUGGGAGACUCCUUUCUCGCCUACCGACCGUGCCUUCCCCUGCACCACUCAGCGUCCUCCCAACCUUGACCAAAAGGCCGCCAGAAACGACUUGAUGUAUCUCGCCAACCACAACUUGAACACCAACGUCGCUCUCUUCGGCACAUCGAUCCUGAUCCCCAACUCAGCAGAGUUGAACGUCACCAACGCUGCUGCCAUUGAAUACGGCUCCCUUGGAGCUGCCGAACAGAACUGCACCGCCAUGUGGGACCGUCCCCCUACUUGGUUGUUGGUCGAUUACUACGAUGUCGGCGACGGAUCUGUAUUCGAGGUCGCUGCUAAGGCUAACGGCGUGACCUACAACCGUGCCUGCUGUGGUGCUACUUCCACUUCGGCCGCCACUAAUACCAAGGGCUCUGCUGUGGCAGUGCUCGUGGCUCUUGCUGCGGCUGUUGUUGUCAGCUUGUAA